CUCGGGAUGCUUCUUCGUCUGCUCAGUGACUGCUGCACGGACGAAUCGAUGGACCAACGUCCUUUUCACAUGACAGUUAAGGCGACGGACCGGCUAGCGCGACGUGCUCGGCAAAUGGCGCACGACAGUCUACUUUUCGAAGUAGAUGUCCACACUAUGGCGCCUUCGUUUUUGGCAGAACUGCAGCACGGAGCGAUUGUUAACGUUUUCUCAGCUCCCCCGCCAAGAAUUUAUGUCGAGAGUAGACAACGCUCAGAAGAAUACCUGGCUAUCUCUGCGCAGAUGGGAAGUAACUACGCAAGUAUGGAGGUCCUGGGUCAACCUGUCAACGGCUGGGAGGUCGACAUUGCCCUCGGGUGGUGCCCGUGCAACUACCACCAGAAGUUUGGUGCUUGCGUGCAUUUAUUGUUUGCCCUGAGCCAACGCAACUACGUGGGUCCCAACGGCAAGCGCAUGAUGACUAACCGCCGAAUCACAAGAGGUAAAACCACCGUGGGACGACCCCGCCGGAAUGGGCCAGCGCUGUCGCACCAAUAG